AUGGCUCCAUUCGGCUCCCUCUUCCUACUCCCCUUCCUCUUCGUCUCCAUCUUUGCGGACCCGGACCAUUGCUUCUUCCCAGACGGCACAACGGCGAGAUUCGCUGCCAGUUGCUGGAACGGGACAAGCGGGCAGACGGUCCUGUGCUGCCAAACCGGCGACCUGUGUCUCUCGAACCAAAUCUGCGCCAUGAAGGACCACAGCGAUGAGUUUCAUUACUAUCGCGGAGCUUGCAUCGACUCGAAUUGGACCGACCCAGGAUGUCCGGAUUUCUGUCCUGAACCCGCCGGCGACGAUCAGAUAGUUCCCAUGCAUCGGUGCAGCGGCGGCAAGACGAUGAGAAAGUGGUACUGUGGAAAUGGGAACCGUCCAGCAGAUUUGGAUUGCAAGGAUAUCGAUGGUGACGUUGAGCUGCCCGAGAACAUUUCCGUGUAUGCCACAGCAGGCAUCACGCCGAAACCGUCACCAAGCCCAACCCCGUCGAGGGAUCCUCCUGAGAGCAAGGACACGGCGAGCGCGAUACCCCCUUCCAAUACCAUACAAUUCUCGCUGGGAGAGCCCGUGACGGCACCGGGACCAGACACCCCAAACUCUCAAACAGCGGCACCCCCGAGCACGUUACCAAACGCAACUGGUACAGACGUUCCGACAGCAGUUCCGACAGCAGUUCCCUCUGACCCACCGCAAGACGACGACGACCAAGCCAGCUCAGCCGUACCGGUUGCGGUCGGGGUCGCCGUUGGCACGUCCAUCUUGAUUGCCGGCAGCGUCCUGGUGUUCUUCUACCAGCGCAAGCGGCGCCGCCAGGCACCGGUGCGCGCCGAGACCCCGCCCCCGUUCGAGUUCUCCUUCAUCAACAACCAACCGCCCGGCUGGCUGGGACCGUCGUCUGGGGCGGCGGCGAAAGUACCUGUGGCGGAGGCGGAGGGCAAGAUGCACGACGAGAGCAAGCCUACGCCAGAGAUUGGAGGCACUGCGCGGUAUGAGAUGCCUUGA